UAACCACCAAAAAAAAACAGUUAGGUUGUGCCAACUUUUCACCGCUUCAACCGUCAAGUGCAGUUCACCGACAGCAGUGCGUUUCAUCGCCAUUCUUUCCUCUUCGUUUGCUUGAACAUGUCGUCGUCCGAAGAAAGAAACAUCGUGAAGGUGUUCCGUGUGUGGAAAACCGUUCAUCAGCUGGUUCACGACAGAGGUUAUGCCGUGUCUCAGUCAGAGUUGGAACUCACCUUGGAUCAAUUCAGAGCUAUGCACUGCGGAAUGGGUCGUAAUUUGGAUCGUUCCACCUUGAGUUUUUACGCAAAGCCUCCACCCGGAUCUGACAAGGGUACAAUUUACGUCGAAUUUGCCAAGGAACCAUCAGUUGGUAUCAAGGAAAUGCGUACUUUUGUUCACACCCUUGGCGAUCAUAACCACAAGACCGGAAUCUUGAUUUAUGCCAACAAUAUGACUCCUAGUGCUACCAAAAUUAUCUCCACAGUUACCGGCCAAUUCACAAUUGAAACAUUCCAAGAGAGCGAUUUAAUUGUCAACAUCACACACCACGAAUUGGUGCCCAAGCACGUUCUUCUAACCCCUGAAGAGAAAAAAGAACUUUUGGACCGUUACAAGUUGCGUGAAACACAACUCCCACGUAUCCAAAUGGCCGAUCCUGUCGCCCGUUACUUGGGUUUGAAGCGUGGACAAGUCGUCAAGAUUGUCCGUAGAAGUGAAACCAGUGGCCGUUACAAUAGUUAUCGGAUCUGUGCUUAAAGUACAAAAAGCAUUUUGCUUCUCCUCUGCAUGCAUAUGUUAAAGGCGUGCAUGUAUGCAAGCAUCAGCGGGUCAAGAAAAAAAGAAGAGGAAAAAGCUCUCAAUCUGCUCCUGUCGAUCGAGUUUUGCAGGAGGUCAGUUUUGUCAAUACCAUAAUUAGUGAAGUUUAAAGUCUCUAAAAGGUUAUACUUGUCAUUAAAGGAACAUUAAAGUGGGA